CGCUUGUCAGCUAAAAUAAUGUUUACUUUACAACCUAGUUAGUUAUCUACAUAUACCUACAUAUAAAGCGGUAAACGGCACGCGUUGGUUUACCUAUACCGAUGGGUUCACCAGUAUGACGCGGGACAGAAAGUUCCAUUUUCAUUACCAUAUUUUAUGCACGAGCCAGCAGCAUUUGUUAUUUAAUUCAAAAUAUUUACAUGUUUUGCGCCGCUUCCCAGUAACAGUGAGGUAUCGCAUUGACGCGAGUCUCAGUUUACAAUUCAGUCUUAUACUUUGCCGCUUCCGUUACAUUGUAAUUUAAGAAGUCGUCGAUACACCGUCGACAACUGGUAUCUGUAUCUAAAGCGAAAUGCAUCGAUUUCAGAAAACUGCAGCACUAAAAAAUAAUGCAAAAAGGUUUAAAGCAACAUUUAUUAAAGAAGAUACAUUGCUGAGUAUCAGUGAUAUGCCCCAUCCAAAAUCUUUACCAAUUAUAGGCACACGAUUACAAUUGAUUGCAGCUGGAGGUGGAAAAAAAUUGCACGAGUAUAUAGAUGCUCGACACAAGCAAUUAGGCCCCAUCUUCACGGAACGACUAGCUGGAAGCACAGAACUUGUUUUUGUUAGCGAUCCCUUGAUUAUGAAAUCACUUUUUAUUUAUAUGGAAGGUAAAUAUCCGAUGCAUAUUUUACCUGAUCCAUGGGUUUUGUACGAAAAAUUGUAUGGGUCACACAGAGGUCUAUUUUUCAUGGACGGUGAAAAAUGGUUGCAUUAUCGCCGAAUAUUGAAUAAGCAUCUGCUAAGAGAAGGCACGGAAGAUUGGAUAAGAGCUCCUAUAGUAAAAAGUAUACAACAUUUUGUAAAUGAUUUAAAAGAAAAAUUACACAACGGCUACAAAAUUAAAGACUUCGAAAUGGAAUUUUAUAGACUAUCAACGAAUGUACUUGUAAACGUUUUGCUUGGAGAAAACUCCAUACCUCGUAGUCAACACUACGAUGAAAUGUUAAAUAGGUUUUCGGAUUCAGUAAAAAAAAUAUUUCACGCUACUACAACGCUGUAUGGAUGGCCAGUAGAAUGGUGUCAAUAUUUUAAUUUAAAAGUAUGGAAAGAUUUCAGGGAAAGUGUAGAUUUAUCACUGCAUUUAGCUAAAAAAAUGGCUUUCGAAAUGAUCAGAAACAAAGACAGAAAUAAUGGAUUGAUUAAAAAAUUAGUCCAAGAAGGUUUAGAAGAUGAAAUGAUAACAAGGAUAGUUGCAGAUUUUAUUAUAGCUGCUGGUGACACGACUGCAUAUACAACAUUAUGGAUAUUUUUAUUGCUUUGUAACAAUGUAGGUGUUAUAGAAGAAAUUCGAAAGAAGGACGAUACUUAUAUAAAAUGUGUGGUAAAGGAAGCGAUGAGAAUGUAUCCAGUAGCUCCAUUUUUAACUAGAAUAUUACCAAAAGAAACAGUUUUUGGAAACUAUAGACUUCAACAGGGAACUCCAAUUAUAGCUUCAAUUUAUACAUCUGGCCGUGAUGAGCAAAACUUUAGUAAGCCAGAAAUGUUUUUGCCCUACCGUUGGGACAGAAAUGAUCCUCGCAGAGAAAGCAUUGACAAUCAUAUCACUUCAGCAUCUUUACCAUUUGCUAUGGGUGCUAGGUCUUGUAUAGGAAAAAAGAUAGCACAAGUUCAACUGACAGAGCUUGUUAGACAGGUUACAAAUCACUUCGAUAUUAAGUGUAAAAACAGUAAAGAUGUAAAGUCAAUGACCUCACAAGUAUUAGUACUAGACAGACAACUGGAGUUUGUCAUUAGUUUGAGAGAUAGAGAUGGUUCCUAAAAUGUGAGAAGAGUGUUAUGAUAUAAUGAUUCUUUUUUAUAUUAAAACAUAUAAAUAAUAUAGAAUGCAUUGUUUCACAUUUAUUUUUCUUCUAUUGAAUACAAAUAAUAUAAUGUUGAACAUUUAUUAUUUUCAUUACCCAUAAUAUUUGCACAGAACAAAAAAUUUAUAUACUUACAUAAGCAUAGUUACUCAGUUACAGCCCGUUUCGGCUGUCGGGCUGGGAUUUUAGGAUGUUCCAGGGGCAGAACAUUUUGACACAAAAUCGGUUUCAAGAAAAUGUGAAUAGCUUCAUAUAAAAGGUUGUGCCACUGGAACUUCCAAUUUAAAUAACUAGUGUGAACCAGUUCUUACACAUCAAGAUUAUUUAGAAUGUCAAUUCUGAUAUACCAAUAAAAUUUUAGAAAUGGUGCCUAUUUUGAAAUUUACAAUUCCUCUGCCUUCUUUAUAAAAACAAAAGUUAAGUUACAUACAAUUUUAAAAACAACAUAAAACAUGUAAUGACUACAACAUUGAGACAUCUGUGACUUGAGUCACCUAUCCUGACACAUUGAAUAUUAAAACUUGUAAUAAUUAUAAGUUCAAAGCAAUGAGUACACCAUGGACAACACACUAACUUACAUAAUUAUAAGAUAUCCAUAGUUCUACUAAAAUAGUAGGAAACAAAAAAUACCUUACGAGCUGUAAAUUAUAUACAGU